GUUCCCUCCUCCCAAGUCCACGGCGUCCGCGCCGAUCAUCAUGCGGACACAAAGAAGUAUCGUAACUUGGCCAAGUGAUCCACUUGCCAGAUUGAUAAUCCGUACUCAGCGGCGAAUUAGUCUAGGUCACUAGUUGCCAUUGAGAACGGAUGUUGACAUCGGAUGAAGGGCUUGUGUUAAUGAUCCGACCUUCGCUUUACCUUGUUAAAACUCGCGUCCACAUCCUCAUUCAUUCACACUAAUACUUACCUCCCCCAUGGGUACUGUAGAUGAUACGUUUGGAGCGUUCUUGAUUGGGGUUGUAGUCUCCGCCACGCUUUACGGAGUCACUUGUGUGCAGACAUGGUACUACUUUCGCCGGUAUUUUGCAGAUCCGUGGUACAACAAGCUUUUAGUUGGUGCUAUAUUCAUAUCAGACUCGAUCAAUCAAGCUUUGAUUACACACACUGUGUAUACGUACCUUAUCACUGACUUUGCCAACAUUGGUGCCCUGCAAAAACUUGUGUGGAGUCUGUCUGUUGAAGUGUUGUUCAAUGGCUUCACGGGGUUUAUGGUUCAAAGCUUCCUUACCGUGCGCGUCUACAGACUAAGCGACAAGAACAUAAUUGCAACCGCAUCAGCGAUGUCCCUUGUCAUUGCUGAAAUUAUCAUUGUUAUCAUAUAUGUUGCAAAAGCUGUCAAGUUGACAACCUUCAGUCAAGUUCCCGAGCUCAAGACAUUGUCCAUGUGUGUGAACGCUGUAGCAGCUGCCGGGGAUAUCCUUAUCGCGGCCUUCCUCUGCAUAUUCCUCCAACAGUCUCGCACUGGUUUCUCGAGGUCCGACAACUUGAUUAAUACACUGAUGUUGUACAGUAUCAACACCGGUCUGCUCACCAGCAUUUGCGCGGCCAUGUCCCUCAUUUCUAUUAUAGCGUGGCCGGAUACCUUCAUUUAUGUCGCAUUCUAUUUCGUCGUGGGCCGUCUGUACUGCAAUUCCCUGCUGGCAACCCUCAACGCACGCAAAGGCAUCCGUCGCGAUUCUUAUAACGAACAUUUGUCGCUCUCGCUACAGGGGGCUCGGAAACCUACCAAUAGUCCUAUCGGCUCCUCGCAAAGGGAGACGCCAAACGAUCUUUCAGUCAAGAUCGAUACCGCGCAAGAAUACAUCGAUGACGAGUUUCUAUCUCCGACGGAUUUUAAAAGUACUCAGUCAGUUUGAUUGCUUCGGAUAUGGGUGUCCCGAGGUAGAGGAGAAUCACAGAAUGUACCCAUCUUACUCCUAAAAGAAUAGCUAGCCUGCUGCGCCUUUGACAGUUCAAGUUGCAUUUUCUACAUAGACUUAGUAUAUCUUUUUAGUCCAAUUCACCCAAACCAACUCAACGUUUCCGGCAGUCACGAUGUAGCUACACAUAUAAUGCUUCUCACAGAAUAGAUUUGAUUCCAACA